UCUUUACUCUACGAGCCGGUAGGUGGCAGUGAAGCGGCGGCCAGCAGUCCGCGGACUAGCGAAGAAGAAACGAUAACAGAGUUUUUGUUGUGUGCAUAAAAUACAGAAACUACUGGAGAUUUUUUGGGCUCUACUGCGAUGGCUGUGUUUCCAAGCGCGCUGACCGAAGAGGAGGAAUCACUGCAGAAAAAAUAUGCAAAGUUAAAGAAAAAGAAAAAAGCUCUGCUGGCACUUAAGAAGCAGAGUUCCAGCAAUCAGACAAGCCAGGCUGGACUGAAGCGGACUCUGUCAGACCAGCCUGUGGUGGACACAGCGACCGCCACUGAACAGGCCAAGAUGCUCAUCAAAUCUGGUGCUAUUAGCGCCAUCAAAUCAGAGAACAAGAACUCGGGGUUCAAGCGGUCAAGAACACUGGAGGGGAAAUUAAAGGAUCCGGAAAAGGGUCCCGUUCCAGCAUUCCUCCCAUUUCAGAGAAGCGUUUCCACAGAUGAGGAUCCUGCUGAGUCUGCUAAACGAUCUCACAGAAAGAGUCUUUAUGAGAGUUUCGUCACGUCUGGAGAACGUUCCCGGGACGAUGACGACGGAGGAGCAAUGUCAUCCAGCCGUGAUUUUGAUCGUGACCGUGAAAGAGAGCUGGACAGAGACCGAGAACGAGAGAGGGACCGCGAGAGGGACCGUGAAAGAGAACGAGAACGUGAUCGGGACAGGGAGAGGGAGAGGGAGCGGGAGCGGGAGCGCGAAUGGAGCCGAGACAGAGAGAGAGAUCGCGAGCGGGACAGAGAGAGAGAGAGAGACAGAGACAGGAGCCGGGACAGAGAGCGAGACCGGGACAGGGACCGCGAGAGAGACAGAGAGAGGGACAGAGAGAGAGAUGGACCAUUUAGACGCUCAGACUCGUACCCAGAGCGGCGGAGUGUGAGGAAGGGAAACACAGUGUAUGUGUACGGUUCAGGACUCGUGGAGGACAGCCUGCGGGCAGCUUUUGCUCAGCAUGGCAACAUCAUUGACCUGUCCAUGGAUUCCCCACGCAACUGUGCUUUUGUCACAUUUGAGAAGAUGGAGUCAGCAGAUCAGGCUGUAGCAGAGCUGAACGGCGCCACAGUGGGAGAGGUUACUGUCAAAGUCAGCAUCGCUAGGAAGCAGCCAAUGCUGGAUGCAGCCACGGGCAAGUCUGUGUGGGCUUCUCUAGCUGUUCAAAACAGUGCCAAGGGUUCAUACAGGGACAAGCGAAAUCAGGUUGUCUACAGUGAAGAUUUCCUCUGAGGACCUCUGUUGAACUCUGUUGAAGACAAACUGUUUUGACUCAACAUUAGUGUAUUUUUUUUUUUCUAAGUACCGUAUUUUAAGCGCAUCAGGCCCAUACGUAUGUAUUUCUUCAACAGCCUUUUCCCUUUAGUUUUCUGAUCAGCUCAACUCUGCUUUGCUUUGUUCCACUCAAUAAAGUUGAGUCCUUAUUGCUUCUAGAUGUGACAUUAGGGUCCAGAUUCUGCUGCUGCUGUCUGUCACUGAGGACCAUGGAAGAAAAAUUAAGCACAUGUGAAUUUGUCAAUUUCAAAUAACCAACUAUGGUAGUGCAGGAGUGUCCAGUCCUAUCUGUACAGGGCUGAUGUGGAUGCAGGUUUGCAUUCCAACAAAGCAGAAGCCUCUGUGAUCAGUUGUGUUUUGAGUGGAAUUAAGUGCUUCUGCUUAUUUGAAAUGAAAACCUGCAGUGCUUUACAGAUAACAUUGCAGACUCUUGCAGUAGGUGAUGAUUUAGGAACACUUAGUUCUGAAGAAAAAGCUGUCCAGGAUAUACACAGUGUCCAAGACCCCACCAUACAGAGGAGAUUACAUGAGCAAAAUGUACAUAAAAGUCUGUAAAGUUCUGAGAUAGAUAAUGAUACUGUAUCAGUGUAUGAAGUGAUGGAAACAGGAAAGACUGAAUAAAGCGACAUAAAUAAA